CGCCUGUUGACAGCAGCUGUCGAGCCCCCCGUGCAGGCCCCGCCCCCGGUCGUCUCGCGCAGAAUCUCGCGAGGUUUGAGGGCGCUGGGCCGGACCGGGUGGCUGCAAUAUGGCGGAGGCGGAAGGGGAGAGCCUCGAGUCCUGGCUGAAUAAAGCUACCAACCCUUCCAACCGCCAGGAAGACUGGGAAUAUAUCAUUGGCUUCUGUGAUCAGAUCAACAAAGAGCUUGAAGGGCCCCAGAUUGCUGUCCGACUCCUGGCCCACAAGAUCCAGUCUCCACAGGAAUGGGAGGCGGUCCAGGCCCUCACGGUGCUGGAGGCAUGUAUGAAGAACUGUGGGAGGAGAUUUCAUAAUGAAGUGGGGAAGUUCCGGUUUCUGAAUGAAUUAAUUAAAGUCGUCUCUCCGAAGUACUUGGGAGACAGGGUGUCUGAAAAGGUGAAGACUAAGGUCAUCGAGUUGCUUUUUAGCUGGACGCUGGCCUUGCCGGAAGAAGCAAAGAUCAAAGAUGCCUACCAUAUGUUGAAGAGACAAGGCAUAGUGCAGUCGGACCCCCCUAUUCCCAUGGAUAGGACGCUGAUCCCCUCUCCCCCACCUCGACCCAAAAACCCUGUUUUUGAUGAUGAGGAAAAAUCCAAGCUUUUAGCCAAGCUACUGAAAAGCAAGAACCCAGAAGACCUGCAAGAAGCCAACAAACUCAUCAAGUCCAUGGUGAAGGAAGAUGAGGCGCGCAUCCAGAAGGUCACCAAGCGCCUGCACACGCUGGAGGAGGUUAACAACAACGUGAAGCUGCUCCAUGAGAUGCUGCUUCACUACAACCAGGAGUACUCCUCGGAGGCUGACAAAGAGCUCAUGAAGGAGCUCUUUGAUCGGUGUGAGAACAAGAGACGUACUUUAUUUAAACUAGCCAGUGAGACAGAAGACAAUGACAACAGUUUGGGGGACAUCCUGCAGGCCAGUGACAACCUCUCCAGGGUCAUCAACUCUUAUAAAGCAAUUAUUGAAGGGCAGAUCAUCAACGGUGAGGUGACCACCUCAACCAUGCCUGACUCUGAAGGCAAUGAUCACUGCAGUAACCAAGGCACCCUCAUUGACCUUGCUGAAUUGGACACCCCCAGCAGCUCAUCCUCAGUGUCGGCCCCAGCAUCUGCUCCACCCACCUCAGGCAUUCCUAUCCUCCCUCCACCACCCCAGACCUCUGGACCUCCACGAAGCCGUUCAUCCAGUCAGGCUGAGGCUCCCCCAGGGCCUGACAGCAUGAGCAAUGCCCUAUCCUUGCUAGAUGAGGAGCUGCUCUGCUUGGGCCUGACUGACCCAGCCCCCACUGCUCCCAAAGAGUCAACUGGAAAUAGUCAGUGGCACCUGUUCCAGAAUGAACCAUCAUCAGAUCUGGACUUUUUCAGCCCCAGGCCAGUGCCUGCGGCCUGCUGCCCCUCAGAUGGAUCCCUGCUCCCUCCCCCAGUUUCUACCUCAAGUAUGUCCCAAGCUCCACUGCCUGCUCCCUUCCCAGCUCCUGUGGUCCCAGCCAGUGCACCAGCUCCCAGCCCAGGUUCCUUCAUGUUCUCUUCUGGACCUGCCUCAGCCUCGGUUCCAAAGGCUGAGCCUGCAGCCCCAGAGUACCACAGCUCAGCACUUGGUGACAGCACGUCGCACCACCUAGAUGCCCUUGAUCAGCUUCUGGAAGAGGCCAAAGUGACUUCAGGCUUGGUGAAACCUGUUUCUUGCUUCUCCUCUGGGGCCACUGCCUCCCCAUUGCUUCCCACCUCUGCCCCAGCCAGACCUCUCCUGCCCUUCUCCACUGGGCCUGGAAGCCCUCUCUUCCAGUCGCCAGCCUUUCAAUCCCAAGGCAGCCCUCUGAAAGGCCCAGAGCUCUCCCUGGCCAAUGUCUAUGUACCCCUGGAAUCGAUCAAGCCUAGCAGUGCCCUUCCUGUGACAGCCUAUGAUAAAAAUGGCUUCCGAAUCCUUUUCCACUUUGCUAAGGAGUGUCCCCCAGGACGGCCUGAUGUGCUUGUGGUGGUGGUGUCCAUGCUGAAUACAGCUCCUCUGCCAGUCAAGAGCAUAGUGCUGCAAGCCGCAGUGCCCAAGUCAAUGAAAGUGAAGUUGCAGCCACCCUCUGGGACAGAACUUUCUCCAUUUAGUCCCAUCCAGCCACCAGCAGCCAUCACCCAGGUCAUGCUGCUGGCCAAUCCAAUGAAGGAGAAGGUGAGGCUUCGGUAUAAACUGACCUUUGCUCUGGGGGAGCAGCUGAGCACAGAGCUGGGUGAAGUGGACCAGUUUCCUCCUGUGGAGCAGUGGGGUAACCUAUGACCCUAGCAAAUGCUGUCAUCUCUACUUGGAAGGCAGGCAGCCCUGAGACAGGCUCUGGCUGGUCCAGCCACUGUACACCUGGACAGUGUUUAUAGCUUGGUGUGGAUCAGGGUCCUGGAUGUUUCUGUCGGAGCCAAGCUGCCGCUUUGAUCAUCUCUUCUGGGCCCCUAAAUGGACCUGUUUUCCCUACCUGUGUGACUUGAAGUGGCCGUACUGUGGGUGGGGAGUCACUUGUGGCUUCACUGGCUGCCUUGGGGUGGUAGACGCUGGACGUGGAGUGGGUUUUCCCCUUUUUUACUGGCAUCCCUUGAUACCAGGGAGAGGACUCUAAAGAGUACCCUUCCAAUCCCCUCAAGAACUGCAUCUUUACACCCUGAAGAGGCGUGGCUUGGGAGACUAUAUCUCCCGUUGGCGUUCCAUGCUUCUUUACUAGCAGGCACUGCUGCUCCCCUGAAGUGGGCAGCAGUGGCCCAGAGUGAGAAAUCUGGAGUACUGUGGUCUUGGGCAACAGCAUCCUGAAGUGGCUGCUGAGUGAGUGAUGUGCUUGUCCUGGCAGUGGAAGGUUGUGUCCUAUGGACAUGUCAGCAGGACAGGGAACUUGGCCCGAGAGCCUCAACUAGGGAUAGGAAGGAAGAUGGAAGUGCCAGUGUUUCCCCUCACAAGCAGGUACUGUGGCUUUCUGGGAAAGGCAUACCCUCCUGCAGUGGGAAUAGGCCAUCCUACUCACUACCUCUUGCUUGGCAUGAUAUAAACUGCUGUGCCCCCCUUAACCCUUUUAAGGGAAGACACCUCCCGCCACUCUGCAUCCUCCUGCUUUGGUCACUCCUUCUCCCUGCCACAUGGAAUGUGGUGUGGCACCUAUGGCUGGACCCAGGAAGUCUCAGGGUCACACACAUUGCACUAAACUUUGUCCCUUUGUGCUGCACCAAAAUACCCACUUUUCCCCAUCUACAGAGGAGCACUGUUUGCGACAUGUUGGGUCUGGAGGUUGAGGUGAGGGGCUGGGCUUGAAGUGAAUUACCAGACCCUAUUGCUUCAACAGUGCUGUGCCUCAGCUAGCAAGACCCAGUGCUCCAGGCCAGAGAUUUUCAAGACUACAGGGAAGUCUGCUGCCUUUGAAAAAAAGGAAGGUGACACAACUGUAUCCCCUGGUCCCCUACAUCUUGGGAGCAUCCUUGCUCUGGCUAGAGGUCGUCUGACCGCCCUCUCGGCUACUGUCCUUAGCAGGUUUUACAGUUUUCCUUAGGACAGGUCAAAAUCUUUUCACUGAUGAUGGAAUAUAAAUCCAAGAGCUUUCCAGAAACUGGUUACUUCAGCCUUGGAAUAGCUAUGGGAUUACUGUCAAUGCAUACCUUCAUUAAUCUUUAAACACGAAAUUAUGAGUGUUGCUCAUUACUGAGGUCACUACUUAAUGGCCAACAGCUGUACUGGAUGUACCACCCUCCUGCCCUUGUUUUGCUGCAUGUGAAAUAAAACUAUUUUAACCCUG